AUGGGGCCGCGGUUUCCCCUCCUGGUGGCGGCGCUGGCCAGCUGCCUGCCUCCGGCCCUGGGUUGUGUCAUUUGUGAUACAAAGGUCGUGGAGGCGCUAAAAUCCUUGGAGAUGGAUUACCUUCCUGGCCACCUGGAAACUGAGCAUCACAAAAACUUGAUGAAAAGGGUAAAUCAGGCCGUGCAGGAUUUCAAGGAUCUGCCGUUGGACGAGGAUUCCUAUAUGGGGGUCGUCGAUGAGCCCACACUGGAAAAGGCAUCCUGGAGUUUGCUGAAAGAUCUGAAACGCAUCACAGACAGUGAUGUAAAAGGUGAGCUCUUCGUGAAGGAGCUGUUCUGGAUGUUGCACCAGCAAAAGGAAACCUUUGCCAGAUAUGUUGCUCUGUUCCAAAAAGACGCUUUUUGUCCCAACAAAUGUGGUAUGAUGUUGCAGACCCUGAUCUGGUGCAGCAACUGCCAGAAGCAGGUUCACGCUUGCCGGAAAUCCAUGGAUUGCGGGGAGCGCAAUGUCAAGGUCCAUGAAAUGGAAGACAUGAUCCUGGACUGUGAGCUCAACUGGCAUCAAGCCUCCCAAGGCCUGACCGAUUACAGUUUUUACAGGGUUUGGAGGAACAAGUCUGAGACCUUGCUGUACAAGGGGAAAGAGCCCACCCUGAUCAAGACCAUGGUGGAGCCAAAGGAUGCAGGCACCUACCGCUGCCAGCUGGGCACAGUGAAAUCCAGCCCAGCUACGAUCAUCCGUUUUCAUGUCAAAGUGUUGCCCAAAAGAACCAUGGAGGAGACAUUGUCAUCAAACUCCUCAAACAGGAGUGGGAUGUCUUGGGGUUCCAACAUGUCAUCCACAACCCUCCAGUCUUCACCGUCGUCAUCCACACAGUCUCCCACGGUGGAGACUAUGCUGAGAAGCCUCUUGGUCGGGCUGCUGAUCUGGGGCUUUGUGGUGCUGAUUGCCAGCAUUGUCAUCUUGAUGCUUUGCUAUUGGUCUGAGAAGAAUCUUGGAUACUCCAUUGAUUCCAUAAAGGCCUGGUUUAGCACUGCCAAGGAAGCUGCUCAGAGCUCCGAGGUUCCAGAGAAAAAGGCCACACAAUCCAGGAGCCAAUAA